AAACAGACGUAGAAACAAGGCAAAAUUGGUGGAGAGAGAGAGACGACAAAAUGCAGGAUAUGUCCUCAACGGUAUCUUAUAGCCCAAGCUUCAGUUACUACGCUUCCGGUGAAUUCGCCGCCGCUGCAGUUAAAGUUUCCCGCGAAAACCAAAGUUUCAAUAUCACAGAUCAUCAAUCCGUUGAAGUUGACUCUUUCAAUGACGAAGACGCUGACUUCGAGUUUGAAACGUCGCCGUUACAUGAAGAAACCUUCGUCCACUUCCCGACGUUCAAAACCGACGUCGUUUCUAUCACCAACAAGAAAGACAAAGAAGCUGCCCCUGAAAAUAUAUCGGAGCGUUUCUCCGGAAUUUGUCUAUGGAGUCCACUCAGAUCUCCGGCUGCGUCAAAACACUCGGAAUCGUCCACGAGCACACCGAAACGGUGCCGUUUGAAGAAAUUUCUAACGAGAAGUCAUAGCGACGGUGGCGUUUUGGCCCCAAGCGCAUCGAAACGGUGCUAUAUUUUUAAGGAUCUUAUGCGGAGGAGCCACAGCGACGGCGGCAGCGACGUAAGCAAGACGAGCUCGCCGGCCGUGAAAGUAAAGGACAAAACGGUGUCGUAUAAGGUCGGGGAAGGAGAUAAGAGAAGAAAAUCUUAUUUGCCUUACCGGCAAGAUUUGAUCGGAGUUUUCGCCGUGGUUCGAGGAUUACGUCGAGCUCUCGAACGAUCUUCUCCGUCAAUUUUGAUCGGAUCUUCAUUCCGGAGCGGUAAUGGCCGUCUAUUCGACGGAAGAGGAAUUGCGUACUUGGGUUCCAGGGAAAAGGUCGCAUUCAACAGACGAAGACUCGUUCUCAGAGUUGUUGCGAUGUCGUCGUCUUCUUCUCCUCCGUUCAAAAUGAAUUUGAAUGAGUAUAUGGUCACUCUUGAGAAACCUCUCGGGAUUCGCUUCGCACUUUCAGCAGAUGGCAAGAUCUUCGUCCACGCCAUCAAAAAAGGGAGCAAUGCGGAGAAGGCGAGAAUCAUCAUGGUUGGAGAUACACUCAAGAAGGCUAGUGAUUCUUCUGGUGGUAGUCUUGUGGAAAUCAAGGAUUUUGGUGAUACCGAGAAGAUGCGGGUAGAGAAAACAGGAUCCUUUAGCCUUGUUCUUGAAAGACCUUUCUCUCCCUUUCCAAUUCAGUAUCUGCUUCAUUUGAGCGACCUUGAUAUGCUCUAUAACAGAGGGCGUGUCUCCUUUGUUACUUGGAACAAAAAUCUCUUAUCAUCGAAUCUCAGAGCAUCUCAAGGCAGUGGGAACUCUGGCUAUGCUGCAUUUUCCUCCAAAUUCUUUACUUCUCAGGGAUGGAAACUUUUGACUAGACACAGCAAUUCCUUUCAGUCAGGGACACAGAAGAACAUUCUUUCUCCACCUAUCAGUCCACUGGUCUCUGUCUUUUCUGAAGAAGUUCCUGGAGAUGGUGAAUGGGGUUAUGGGAAUUUCCCUUUAGAGGAAUACAUCAAAGCCCUUGACCGAUCAAAAGGAGAGCUUUCCUAUAACCAUGCUCUUGGAAUGCGCUACAGUAAGAUUACAGAGCAAAUAUAUGUUGGCUCUUGCAUACAAACAGAAGAGGAUAUGGAAAAUUUGUCAGAGGCAGGAAUUACUGCCAUACUGAAUUUCCAAGGUGGAACUGAAGCUCAAAACUGGGGAAUCGAUUCACAAAAAAUCAAUGAUGCAUGCCAGAAAUCUGAAGUCUUAAUGAUCAACUACCCUAUAAAGGAUGCAGAUUCCUUUGAUCUUAGGAAGAAACUACCACUUUGUGUCGGGCUCUUACUACGAUUACUAAAAAAGAACCAUCGUGUCUUUGUAACUUGUACCACUGGUUUUGACCGGUCAUCGGCUUGUGUAAUUGCUUAUCUGCACUGGAUGACUGAUACCUCUCUUCAUGCUGCUUAUAGUUUCGUUACUGGAUUGCACGCGUGCAAACCUGACAGACCUGCAAUUGCUUGGGCAACAUGGGAUCUUAUUGCAAUGGUGGACGACGGCAAACAUGAUGAGACUCCAACACACUCUGUAACCUUUGUGUGGAAUGGACAUGAGGGGGAGGAUGUAUUGUUGGUUGGGGAUUUCACAUGGAAACUGGAAAGAACCCAUAAAAGCUACGCACAAGGGCGAUACUACUACAAGUACAUAAUCAACGGUGAUUGGAGGCAUUCAACAACUUCACCAACGGAAAGGGAUGACCGAGGAAACACGAACAAUAUAAUUGUAGUUGGUGAUGUUGCUAACGUCAGGCCUACUAUCCAACAACCAAGAAAGGAUGCAAAUAUCAUAAAGGUGAUCGAGAGAGUGUUAACAGAGAGCGAAAGAUUUAGGCUGGCGAAAGCAGCUCGGUGUAUCGCAUUCUCAGUUUGUCCAAUACGACUAUGCCCAAAGUCGUAGAAGUUUUUUAUUGGUAUAAGUUAAAAUCUUACAUCCACUCUUCUGUCUCUAUCCAUUCCUCAAGGUACUACUCCUAAUAUCGUUGUGAAAACAUUGCCUAUGUUCAUUUUUUACCCCAAAUGAAUAAAUAAAAGCCACAUUC